UCUCAGAUGAAGCCAUUGCGAAGAGGGCCGAGCAGAGUAACUUAUUCCGUUUCAUCAAUGCGUAUCGGGAAUAUGGGCACCUGCGGGCAGAUCUCAACCCUUUGAAGGAAAGCGCAUGUGAGGUGCCGGAGUUGGACCCCAGAUUGUAUGGGCUGAAGGCAGGCAGCACAUAUGACGCCCAGGGUCUGUUGGCAGGGUGCAAGGGGUCGCACACCUUGGAGGAACUGGAGGGGAUCCUACGUGAAAAGUAUUGUGGCAGAAUUGCUGCUGAGUUUGCUUAUCUGCCGACCUUAGAGGAGAGGGAAUGGUUUGCGGCAGCCUUCGAAAGCCUCCCUGAUGAGAGCCUCAGUAAUGAGGAGAAGCUGAGGCUGGCCGUGGGCAUGCUUCACUCGCAAGCCUUCGACCAGUUCUUGGCCACCAAGUUCCAGAGUGUGAAGCGGUAUGGGGCAGAAGGAGCCGAGACCAUGACCGGGUUCUUCACAGAGACCUUUAGGCAACUGGCAGAAGAUAAUGUUGAACAGUGUAUCAUAGCCAUGGCUCACCGAGGUCGGCUUAACCUCCUGACAGGCGUGCUGCAGUUACCUCCAGUGGUCAUGUUCCAGAAGAUGAAAGGCCUCUCUGAGUUCCCUCCUGAAAUCAAGAACUCAGGAGAUGUUCUAUCGCACUUGACAAACUCCCUGGAUUUGGAGGUUGGGGAAAACAAGUCCCUCCACGUCACCAUGCUGCCCAAUCCCUCUCACUUAGAGGCUGUGAACCCUGUAGCAUGCGGCAAGACACGUGCCCGUCAACGGAGCCUUGGGGAGGGCCACUUCUCCUCGGAACCCUCUGCACGACCAGGGGAUAAGGUCGUCUGCCUCCAGGUCCAUGGAGAUGCAGCUCUGUCGGGGCAAGGGGUCAUGCAGGAGACUCUGGCCUUGUCGAAUGUACCUCACUUCGACAUUGGUGGCGCCUUGCACAUCUCCAUCAAUAAUCAGGUGGGCUACACAACCCCUGGAGAGCGCACGCGAUCAACAAGAUACUGCACCGACAUUGCCAAGAUGUGCAGCAUGCCAGUCAUUCAUGUCAAUGGAGAUGAUCCUGUGGCUGUGGUGAAAGCAGCCCGACUGGCAGUGCAAUACCAGAGAAAGUUCCGCAGAGAUGUGUUUGUCGAUUUAGUGUGCUGGCGGAGGUGGGGCCACAAUGAGCUUGACAACCCUCGCUUCACCAACCCUUCCAUGUAUCGCACCAUUGAUGCACGCAAGAGUGUGCCAGAUUCAUAUAUCGAUACCCUGGUGACGGAAGGCCUCAUGACACGAGAGGAUGUCAUGAAAAUUGUCUCGGAGAGGAUGAGCUUUUUGGCAGAGCAGCAUAAAAAAGUGGAUGCUCACGUCCCAAAGGCAGCCCAUCUUGAGAAGCAGUGGUCAGGCCUAUUGCAGGCCCCAAGUUCCGUUGAAGUGUGGGAUACAGGUGUUGAUAUAGCGAGCCUGAAGUACCUGGGAGCCAAGUCUGUCACCCUGCCAGAUGAUUUUAAUGUCCACCCACACCUCAAGAAGACUCAUGUAGAGACACGUUUGAAGAAGCUAACGGAAGGAACUGGGUUGGACUGGGCGACAGCAGAAGCCUUAGCAUUUGCCACAUUGCUGAAUCAAGGCCACAACAUCCGCAUCAGUGGACAGGACGUUGGCCGAGGGACCUUCUCCCAGCGGCACUGCAUGUUCAUUGACCAGGUGGAUGACGCUAUGCACAUCCCUCUGAACCACAUGAGCGAGGACCAGAGCACCCACCUAGAGGUCGUCAACAGCAUCCUUUCAGAGGAGGCUGUGCUGGGCUUUGAGUAUGGGGUGUCCUUGGAGAGCCCCAACACCCUGUGCAUAUGGGAAGCACAGUUUGGAGACUUCUACAAUGGUGCACAGAUCAUGAUCGACACCUUCGUCUCCAGUGGGGAAGCAAAGUGGCUGACCCAGAGUGGUCUGACGAUGAUCCUACCCCAUGGCUAUGAUGGAGCGGGACCAGAACACUCAUCAUGCCACAUUGAGAGGUUCCUGCAGAACUGCGACUCAAAGGAAGACCGGCCGGAUGGAGAAGACGUUAACUGGGGGGUUGUCAAUCCGACAACUCCUGCUCAGUACUUCCACUUGCUGAGGAGACAGCAACUGAGAAACUUUCGGAAGCCUUUGAUUGUUGCUGGGCCCAAGAUUCUGUUGCGGUUGCCAGCUGCCACAUCCAGCCUGGAGGACAUGGCUCCUGGCACCCACUUCAUGCCAGUCCUUGGAGACCCUGAGAUCCCACCUGACAGUGUCCGUAAGGUCGUCUUCGUCAGCGGGAAGCAUUACUACACACUCAAGGCAGAGAGGCAAGCACGAGGCAUCAGGGAUAUGGCCAUCAUUCGCGUGGAGGCACUGUGUCCCUUCCCCACACAAGAGAUCAAUGUGGAGCUAGCCAAGUACAAGAAGGCUAAGGUAUUUGUGUGGUCGCAAGAAGAGCACCGAAACAUGGGUGCCUGGUUCUUCGUCCGACCCAGAUUUGAAAACCUUUGCUCUACUAAGCUCGAAACAGGUUUCCCAGAACACCAGAUCUUUAAGUUACGCAAGUUAUCACAUUUAAUUCCUCGUGUAAGACGCAUAGACAACUUCAAGAGCCAAAGACGUUUCCGAGAAAUGAAUCUUACAUACUGGAAAGACAUCGCAAUUUUUUUACUUGUUUUUAUUUUCGAGGACAUUCGCAGGCACAUUACCCUAUCGGAUACCAUGCACAAGAGAGGUAAUCGCCUCAUUAGGGAUGGCUAUCAGUCUGCUCCGCUUGGUCCGCCUAAGCCGAGACUUCUAUGGGUCCUGCUCGGAGAAAUCUUGACGGCCUCUCUAUCAGUGGGCUUAUAA